AUGCCUGAAAAACUCUUAACAGCUGCCGAUGUGAAAACAGCACCUUUCGACCCACGGUUCCCAAACACGAAUCAAACAAGGUACUGUUACCAGAGUUAUGUAGACUUCCACCGUUGCCAAAAGGUGCGCGGUGAGAAGUACGAGGCGUGCAACUAUUUCAAGCGAGUCUACCAAUCGCUUUGCCCCAACGAAUGGAUCGACAAGUGGGACACUCAACGAGAAGAGGGUACCUUCGCCGGAAGGAUCUAA